CUGGGCGCAGACGGGAAGUUGCGGCUGCCAGCGAGGCGAACUGGUCAGGUGCAGGCAGCACGCCACCCCGAGGCUGCGUAGGCUGCGCGGAGGGAGCCUUCGCGUCUCCGGCCCCGGGUCGGGAGCCGCAGACCGAGAAGCACCCGGCGGACCGAGGAUUUGUGGGUGGAAGGCAGGCAUGGUCAGACCCAUUUCACUGACAGGACAACAGAGACAGGACGUGUCUCACAGCCAGUAGAAGCAGCCAAGCUGGAGCCCAAAGCCAGGUGUUCUGACUCCCAGCGGGGGGCUUCCUGCACCAACCAUGAGCCGCCUGCUCUGGAAGAAGGUGGCCAGCGCCGCCGCCGGGCCAGGGCCGAUUCCAGCUCCAGGGCGCUGGGCCUUCAGCUCCGCCCCCGCCCCCGUCCCCGGCGACGGGCAGCCGCAGCCGCCAUCCUCGGAGGGCGGGCAGCUGCGGCACAACCCACUGCACAUCCAGAUGCUCUCGAGAGGGCUUCACGAGCAAAUCUUCGGGCCCGGCGGGGAGCUGCCCGGCGAGGCCGCGGUGCGCCGCAGCGUCGAGCACCUGCAGAAGCACGGGCUCUGGGGGCAGCCAGCCGCGACCCUGCCCGACGUGGAGCUGCGCCUGCCGCCCCUCUACGGGGGCAGCCUGGACCAGCACUUCCGCCUCCUGGCCCAGAAGCAGAGCCUGCCCUACCUGGAGGCGGCCAACUCGCUAUUGCAGGCCCAGCUGCCCCCGCGGCCCCCCAGCUGGGCCUGGGCGGAGGGCUGGACCCAGUACGGCCCCGCGGGGGAGGCCGUACCCGUGGCCAUCCCCGAGGAGCGGGCCCUGGUGUUCGACGUGGAGGUCUGCUUGGCAGAGGGAACUUGCCCCACGUUGGCGGUGGCCAUAUCCCCCUCGGCCUGGUAUUCCUGGUGCAGCCGGCGGCUGGUGGAAGAGCGUUACUCUUGGACCAGCCAGCUGUCGCCGGCUGACCUCAUUCCCCUGGAGGUCCCUGCCAGUGCAGGCAACCCCACGCAGCGGGGUUGGCAGGAGCAGUUGGUGGUGGGGCACAAUGUUUGCUUUGACCGAGCCCAUAUCAGGGAGCAGUACCUGAUCCAGGGCUCUCGCAUGCGCUUCCUGGACACCAUGAGCAUGCACAUGGCCAUCUCAGGGCUAAGCAGUUUCCAGCGCAGUCUGUGGAUAGCGGCUAAGCAGGGCAGGCACAAGGCCCGGCACCCCACACAGCGAGGCCAGAAGUCCCAGAGCAAAGGCAGCGGCCCAGCGAUCUCAUCCUGGGACUGGCUGGACAUGAGCAGUGUCAAUAAUCUGGCAGAUGUGCACAGCCUCUAUGUGGGAGGGCCUGCAUUAGAGAAGGAGCCCCGUGAACUGUUUGUCAAGGGUAGCAUGAAGGACAUCCGUGAGAACUUUCAGGACCUGAUGCAGUACUGUGCCCAGGACGUGUGGGCCACCUAUGAGGUUUUCCAGCAGCAGCUACCGCUCUUCUUGGAGAGGUGUCCCCACCCAGUGACUCUGGCCGGCAUGCUGGAGAUGGGUGUCUCCUACCUGCCUGUCAACCAGAACUGGGAGCGUUACCUGGCGGAGGCACAGAGCACCUACGAGGAGCUCCAACGGGAGAUGAAGAAGUCGCUGAUGGACCUGGCCAAUGACGCCUGCCAGCUGCUCUCAGGAGAGAGCCCUGCCCUGGUGGACUGGCUGUGCAGGUAUAAAGAAGACCCCUGGCUCUGGGACCUGGAGUGGGACCUGCAAGAGUUUAAGCAGAAGAAGGCAAAGAAGGUGAAGAGGAAGGAGCCAGCCACAGCCAGCCAGUUGCCCAUCGAGGGGGCUGGGACCCCAGGGGAUCCCAAGGAUCAGGAAGACCCCGGCCCCCCCAGUGAGGAGGAGGAGUUUCAGCAGGACGUCGCAGCCCGCGCCUGCUUGGAGCAGCUGAAGGGGACCACAGAGCUCUUGCCCAAACGGCCCCAGCACCUGCCUGGACACCCUGGGUGGUAUCGGAAGCUCUGCCCCCGGCUAGAUGACCCUGCGUGGGCGCCGGGCCCCAGCCUCCUCAGCCUGCAGAUGCGGGUCACACCUAAACUCAUGGCGCUGACCUGGGAUGGCUUCCCGCUGCACUACGCGGAGCAGCAUGGCUGGGGGUACCUGGUGCCCGGGCGGCGGGACAACCUGGCUGAUGUGCCUGCGGGCCCUGCCCCAGCAUUGGCUGGGGUGGCCUGCCCGUACAGAGCCAUCGAGUCCCUGUACAGGAAGCACUGUCUUGAACAGGGGAAGCAGCAGCCGGAGCCGCAGGAGGCGGGCCUGGCUGAGGAGUUCCUGCUCACCGACAGCAGCGCCAUGUGGGAGACGGUGGAAGAACUGGGUUGCUUAGAAGUGGAGGCCGAGGCUAAGAUGGAGAACUUUCGAGCGGCAGUUUCCAGCCAAGCCCCGGCUCUGACUGCUGCUGGUGGCCCGAAAGCCAGCCAGCCAGCCUAUCACCAUGGCAACGGACCUUACAAUGAUGUGGAUAUCCCCGGCUGCUGGUUCUUCAAGCUGCCUCAUAAGGAUGGUAACAGCUGCAAUGUGGGCAGCCCCUUUGCCAAGGACUUCUUGCCCAAGAUGGAGGAUGGCACCCUGCAGGCUGGCCCAGGAGGUGCCAGUGGGCCCCGUGCCUUGGAAAUCAACAAAAUGAUUUCUUUCUGGAGGAAUGCCCAUAAACGUAUCAGCUCCCAGAUGGUGGUGUGGCUGCCUAGGUCGGCUCUGCCCCGUGCUGUGACCAGACACCCAGACUACGACGAGGAAGGCCGCUACGGGGCCAUCCUGCCCCAGGUGGUGACCGCCGGCACCAUCACCCGUCGGGCUGUGGAGCCCACGUGGCUCACUGCCAGCAAUGCCCGGCCUGACCGAGUAGGCAGUGAGUUGAAGGCCAUGGUGCAGGCCCCGCCUGGCUACGUGCUCGUGGGUGCUGACGUGGACUCCCAGGAGCUGUGGAUCGCAGCUGUGCUUGGAGAUGCCCAUUUUGCUGGCAUGCAUGGCUGCACAGCCUUUGGGUGGAUGACACUGCAGGGCAGGAAGAGCAGGGGCACCGACUUGCACAGUAAGACAGCUGCCACAGUGGGCAUCAGCCGGGAGCAUGCCAAGAUCUUCAACUACGGCCGCAUCUACGGGGCGGGGCAGCCUUUUGCUGAGCGCCUGCUGAUGCAGUUCAACCACCGCCUCACACGGCAGGAGGCAGCUGAGAAGGCCCAGCAGAUGUAUGCUGUCACCAAGGGCCUCCGCCGGUAUCGGCUGUCGGAUGAAGGCGAGUGGCUGGUGAGGGAGUUGGACCUCCCUGUGGACAGGACUGAGGACAGCUGGGUUUCCCUGCAGGAUCUGCGCAAGAUCCAGAGAGAAGCUUCAAGGAAGUCACACUGGAAGAAGUGGGAAGUGGUUGCUGAACGAGCGUGGAUGGGGGGCACAGAGUCAGAAAUGUUCAAUAAGCUGGAAAGCAUUGCCACGUCUGACACUCCAUGUACCCCGGUGCUGGGCUGCCGCAUCAGCCGAGCCCUGGAGCCCUCGGCUGUCCAGGGGGAGUUUAUGACCAGCCGUGUGAACUGGGUGGUGCAGAGCUCUGCUGUGGACUACUUACACCUCAUGCUUGUGGCUAUGAAGUGGCUGUUUGAGGAGUUUGCCAUUGAUGGACGCUUCUGCAUCAGCAUCCACGACGAGGUUCGCUACCUGGUGCGGGAGGAGGACCGCUACCGUGCUGCCCUGGCCCUGCAGAUCACCAACCUCCUGACCAGGUGCAUGUUUGCCUACAAGCUGGGUCUCAAUGACUUGCCCCAGUCAGUCGCCUUUUUCAGUGCAGUUGAUAUUGACCAGUGCCUCAGGAAGGAAGUCACCAUGGAUUGUAAAACCCCUUCCAACCCAACUGGGAUGGAAAGGAGAUACGGGAUUCCCCAGGGUGAAGCGCUGGAUAUUUACCAGAUAAUUGAACUCACCAAAGGCUCCUUGGAAAAACGAAGCCAGCCUGGACCGUAGCUCUGCCUGGA